AUGAAUAGCUCGGUGCAUCAAUUGGUCAAAGCAUCCAUUCCGGCCUACGCGUGUCCGGAGGGAACGAAAAUGCAUAUCUUGAAUCUAGGAAGCCUCAAUGUAGAUGAGGGUUGGCUUCUCUUAGGAGUCAACAGUAGUUCCGUCAGCAAUCCGUCGCCCCAAAACAAGCGGCGGGACCUCAUGAUAAUUGCGGGUUUGAUCGAGCAUCCCGAAAUGGGCCUCGUUCUGUUCGAAACAGGUUGUGCCGAUGACAUUACGAAGGUCUGUCACUCAUACACCGUUCCAUCAACAUUGAUCGUGAAGUGGGGUCAUGAAGCUCUCGAUCUAUUCCCGCGAAUUCAGUAUGGUGCCGCGCACCGGCUCCCUGCGGCGAUCGAGGCAACCGGCAACUCAAUUGAUGAUGUAAAGGCGAUAAUAAUGGGCCAUCUCCAUUUGGACCACGCUGGAGGACUCGAGUAUUUCCGCAAUACGGGAGUCCCAAUCUAUGUUCACGAAGAGGAGUUCAAGCACGCCUGCUGGGCCGCUGGUACAAAUUCUGAUGGCGGCCUCUAUCUUGGCGAAUAUCUCGAUAUCGAUGGAUGCCUGAAUUGGCAGACAUUCAACGACUCUCAACUCGAUCUCGCCACGGGGUUGACACUUUAUCACUGCCCUGGACACACCCCAGGUCUUUGCAUCCUGCAAAUAAACCUAAGCAAAAACGGUACUUUCAUCUGGACUACCGAUCAGUACCAUAUCAAAGAGAAUUUUGAGCAAAACCAUGCUCACGGAUGGCUGCUUCGUGAUUAUCGAAGCUGGGUAGACAGCGGGAAGUUUAUCCGAAGGCUUCAAAAAACCUUCUCGGCGACUCUCAUUUUCGGACACGAUUUCUCGGUGGCAGAUGGUUUAAUCAAGGCACAGAAAUACUAUGAAUAA